CCCUCUCUCUGAUAGUCUGCGCAUCUCUCAUCCUAGUUUCAGUCUCUGCCAUUUAAGGUUCAGCUUCGUCGUUUAUCUCUGACAUUUGCAUUCUUUAUUUUUUUUUUAAAAUCGACACUAUAACAAACCGCAAUAUCGAAUAAUAAAAAUAGAGCUUUGCUUUUCAUGAACAUUUCGUGAAAUAGCCGAAUUAAAUCCACCUGCGACACAAUCCAAAACGUGGAGACUGCGUUUUUUUUUUUUUUUUUUUUUUAAUCUUUCUUGCUUCUUGAUAGAAAAUAAAUAAAUAAAUAAACAUGAAAACCAAAUUUAUCAACGGGGUUUCGUCUUCCCCUUCUAUGUCGCUGGGCCUCCUGGUGACUGCGAAUGCUCUGCAUGUCCAGCCCGACACCCAGGAGGACUCCAGGGAGCUUGUCCGCCCCGAACAGCCGGACCUGGAGACCCGUCGCAAGGCUUAUUUGUGGUGCAGGGAGUUUCUGCACGGAGCCUGGAAAGGACUGGCGGAGGAGGACUUCGAGAUCACCAUCAUAAGAGGUGGUCUGAGCAACAAGCUCUUUCUGUGCAGCCUCCCCGACUCCCUAGGCUCGGUCGGGGACGAGCCGAGGAGCAUCCUGCUGCGCCUCUAUGGGGCCAUCCUGCAGAUGUCCUGUAAUAAAGGGGACUCCCGACAGUCAAACAAAGAGAAUCACUUCCAAGGAGCAGAGGCCAUGGUUCUGGAGAGCGUGAUGUUCGCCAUCCUGGCUGAGAGGGAGCUGGGUCCGAAACUCUACGGCAUUUUCCCUCAGGGCCGCCUGGAGCAGUAUGUCCCCAGCCGUAAACUGGACACCUGUGAGCUAAGCGACCCCAGCAUCUCCGCUGAGGUGGCCCAGAAGAUGGCCAGGUUCCACGGGAUGAGGAUGCCCUUCAACAAGGAGCCAAAGUGGCUGUUUGGGACCAUGGAGAAGUACCUGAGCCAAGUCAUGAGGCUGAACUUCACCAGAGAGUCCCAUCUGCGCCGCUUCAACAGCAUGCUCGCCUACAACCUGCCGCAAGAGAUGGAAACGCUAAAGUUGCUGCUGGAGUCCACACACUCCCCUGUGGUGUUCUGCCACAAUGACUGCCAAGAAGGAAACAUCCUGCUGCUGAAGGGCCGCCACAGCUCAGACAAACAGAAACUGAUGCUGAUUGACUUUGAAUACAGCAGCUACAACUACAGAGGCUUUGACAUCGGCAACCAUUUCUGCGAGUGGAUGUAUGACUACACCUGCGAAGAGUUUCCCUUCUUCAAAGUUGAUACCCAGAACUACCCUUCAAAGGCCCAGCAGCUUCACUUCAUCGAGAGCUACCUGCGCGAGUCCGACCAGGGCUUUGACAACCUGAGCGAAGAGCACCAGAUGAAGCUGAAAGAGGAGCUGUAUGUGGAGGUCAACAGGUUCUCACUUGCAUCUCACUUCUUUUGGGGCUUGUGGUCCAUCAUCCAAGCGAGACUCUCCACCAUUGAGUUUGGAUACCUGGAGUACGCCCAGGCCAGGUUUGACGCCUACUUCCAGCAGAAGAUGAUCUGGGCCGCCUAAUGCAGCAGGCGACUGGGUGAUUAGACAACACAUUGAGCCAAAAUGUCAGCAAGAGGACACAAAAAGCUGAAAAAAAAGAUUUAAAGAUCCACGCUUUACCUACUCUCCCCAUCUUUAAAGGGGAUUUUGCUGCCUCGUGUUGGUGUUUUGUCGACCAACGCCAAAACUUAAUCCAGUGGCUAGGCUCUUGAGUUUACACCUCCAAAUCAGUCGCAGCUCAAAGUUUACAAUGUAGCUACACAAAGGCCAACCGAAAAAGGAAAGGCACUGACUUCUACUAACCUUCAUUGCCGCUCAGAUGUCCUCUCUGCUUCUGCUGGACCGUACCGCUAGCAUGAUGGAUUUGAGUAGGUGAACGGCAGACUUGGGGUUACUGCUAGAGCGGAAACGUUAACAUUGCAUCAAUGUGUAUGUAUAGAUCAUUCUCUGAAGGAGAUGCUCUAUGGGAAGGAA